UUAUCAGCAGUACUUAUUUUGAAAUUUGAACUAUCACAAGUGCGUUUAAGAUACAUUUAUUGUAUUAUAAUUAUGAAUGUGGACGUAAACAAGAUGAAUUCCACAUCAAUCCAUAUGCUAUUUCAGUUGAUGUUAACGCUGCUGUGUUUAAAAACAUAUUAUUGCAUUAACUGUUACCAGUGUGCCAAUGUUAGAAACAUAACGGAUUGUCAGUAUUCAGCUUCUUGUCAGCAGGAUCAUUAUUGCUUCACUGAUACGUCAGGUGUUGGAGAUGAGACAAGAUUUACUCUAGGAUGCCGGUCAAAACAGGCAUGUCGCCAAACAUUGACAACUACUGCGUCAUCUCUGUCAAUCAUAGGUCGAUCAGUAUCUAAUAAUCUUGAAUGUAGCCAAUGUUGCGCAGUAGAUGUGUGUAAUCAACACCUUUGUACAACUGGGACCCAUGCUGUAGACAGCAGUUCUUGUGAAGACGACCCCUCUUACAACUGUGCACAAAUAAGCUCUAUUUUUAGCAUUUGUACAGAUACACAUCAUGCUAAACUUGUUUGUAGAAAAUUCUGUGGUCUCUGUGAUAUGGUUCCCGGAAAUUGGUCGUUAUGGAGUAGUUGGACAUCAUGUGGUGUUACUUGUGGAGCGAGCACAAAAACAAGAACAAGAGCCUGUGAUAACCCACCACCUAAAAACGGAGGACUGCCAUGUACUGGCCCUAUGGUGGAACACAAGUCCUGUGAUCUAAAUUCAUGUCCAGUGAAUGGCGGUUGGAGCAUAUGGAAUUCAUGGGGAAGCUGUAGUGUAACAUGCGGGAUCGGCCUUGAAAGGAGAGAUCGGUUUUGCUCUAAUCCUUAUCCAGGUCCAGGAGGUAUGUCUUGCACUGGCGAUGCAAGGGAUGAUCGUGCCUGUUUUCUAAAGUCAUGUGCCGAUGGUUUAUGGUCGUCAUGGUCAACAUGGAGUUCAUGUUCUGCAUCGUGUUUAGGUGGGAUUUCAAACAGAAGAAGAUUUUGUAACAAUCCGACACCAUCCCCUUUUGGUCAUGACUGCGUUGGAAAUGACCAGGAGACAAAGGCCUGCAACUCAUUUGCAUGCCCAGCUGUAAAUGGACAUUGGUCAGUGUGGUCAACAUGGUCGUCUUGUUCUGCCACAUGUGAUGGUGGAACUAAAGUGAGAACAAGACAAUGCAACAAUCCUGCACCAUCUGGGAAUGGGAGAGUAUGUAUAGGGAACUCUGAAGACAAGAAUAUUUGUAACACUGGAAGUUGUCCAGCUGUUAAUGGACACUGGGCGUCAUGGACAACAUGGGGAUCUUGUACGAUGACUUGCGGCGGAGGGACAAAGACACGCACUAGGACAUGCACAAAUCCAUCUCCGACUGUUAAUGGCCAAGUCUGUAUUGGUAAUUCACUUGACAGGGAUAUUUGCAACACAAGAGGCUGUCCAAAUUGGUCAUCAUGGUCUACCUGGGGACAAUGCUCAGAACCAUGUGAUGCUGGAAUUAGAGAAAGGACAAGGACAUGUGUAUCUAAUAUGGGAUGUAUUGGAAAUUCUAAAGAUUUGGAAUUGUGUAAUACUCAAAGUUGCGGGGUUGAAGUUCGACUAGUGGACGGUCAACACCGAUACGAAGGAAGAGUAGAAAUAUUUCAUAAUGGUAAAUGGGGCACGGUGUGUGAUGAUAAAUUUACUGAGCUUGCAGCAACUGUUGUUUGUAGGAUGUUGAAAUAUCCAUGGACAGUACCUAGAGUAUUCCCUCCUAAUCAUUUCAAACAGGGAACACUCCCGAUUAUGUUAGAUAAUGUUGUUUGCUCAGGUUCCGAAAACAGUUUAAUCCAAUGUCAACAUAACUCAUGGGGCGUAAAUGAUUGUUCACAUAGCGAAGAUGUGGGCAUAUCUUGUAUAUCAGCUCUUCAAGUUCGUCUAAGAGGAGGUAUUCACUCAGGUCGUGUGGAAAUAUCAUUAGAUGGGUCUAACUGGGGAACAGUCUGUGAUGACUCAUUUUCAGUCGCUUCUGCAAAAGUUGUUUGUAACAUGCUUGGAUUUCCUUCUUCAAAUGCAAGAGUUGAUACCGGUGUAACUCCAGGCAGUGGGCGCAUUUAUUUAGAUGAUGUGUCUUGUACCGGUGAUGAAGCCAGCAUUACGUUUUGUAAACAUACGUAUUGGGGUAAACAUGACUGUGACCAUAACGAAGACGUCGGAGUCAUUUGUUCCUAAUGGAUUUAAAAUCUUCGUGACAGCAGGAAAUUAAACAUGUUUAUUUUACAA